UCCGUUCAGUUGCAGCCAACUGUUCACCACUGUCGCACAGGCGCCGCCAAACAAAGAUUUUUUAGGAUCAAAAUAGGCUGUCAAGCGGCUCAACGCCCAACAAUUCGCUACAUUGUAGCAAACAGGCAGCGAGAUAAGAAGAUACAUCGAUUUAUCGUUACAGUGUAACGUUAUUUUAUCACUCGCUUCAAAACCAGUCUCGAUACAACGCCGGAACAACAAAUCUCAAACAUGAAGAAAUGUUCGGCGUGGUCGCUCUUUCUAGUGGUUUCGCUGCUAACUGUGAAAGCGCUGUCCCAGAAUUCAGAUGGCCUUGACCUGUCUGAUGCCUUGAAUGACAAUGAUGUCUCUAUAGCACCAGCAGCCACCCCCAAACCAGUAGAAGGGGCAGGAGCAGAUGAGAAGAUCACCCCCACCAAGGCUCCUCCUAAAGCCCCAGCCACUAAGGCCCCGUCACACAAGCCCAAGCCACCCUCUGAUGAGUUUGACCUGAGUGAUGCUCUGGAUCCCAACAAUGACAUUGGAGGGAAGGACAAGAACAAGGGACAAGCAGAUAAAGGUAUUGGAGGCGGAGGCAGGGGAGACAGAGCCCCCAACAACAGAGGAGGGAACGGGGGUGGAUCUUUCUCAGAUGAUGAUCUGCUUGACGUUGGGAAAGACGACACCUACAACCCUGACGAAGGCAAAGGUGGACAUGGUGGAGGCCAGUCUGCCGCUGAUGACGACAACCUUGACACCAUGGCUGAGACCGGAACCAUCGCCGGGAUCAUCAGUGCCAUUGGCUUGGCGCUGGUUGGCGCGGUCACCAGCUACGUCUCCUACCAGAAGAAGAAGUUCUGCUUCAGCAUACAGCAGAGCCUGAAUGCAGACCUGGUGAAGACUGAUAACCCAGACGCUGUGGUGGCCACAGAACCACAAGUUCAACAGACUCUUCUGGAACCCCCCAACGCUGAGCCUCCUCGUCAGGAUAACACUGUCUAAUAUGCCACCCCCCGUCCGCCCGGCCUCGUCCCCCAACCUACACACACACGAAGAGGGCGUGACAACACACACUUACACGCCCUCACCUUGGGGAAUAUCCCCCCCACCUCAUACACCAACACACACUCACCACUUUUGAAGGAUAGUGCCACCCCCGUUAUACCUUAAGAGUUGUAGAUAGAUGGUGAUCGGCAAACUCUGUCUGAAAUGUAGAGUUCCACUGGCAGCCAUGUUGACGCCACCAAGUUCCAUGUCAUUCUAGAAUCUUAAUGUCAUUCUAGAGUGGGAAUGGUAUUGUGACAUCACUAUGGUUCGCCGACCUCUGUAGACCUACCCCCACCACACUGUGUGUACAUAUCAUUUCAUUUAUUUGAACUGUUUUAAACACCACUAAUAUGCCUGUUUACAAUUUGAUUAUGAAGGAGAUGGAAGCCUAAUCCUAGAUCAGUUUUUAUUUGACAAUGAUAGUCAGAGGAUUUGCUAUACUUAAGCACAUACAGAUCUAGGACCAGGCUUCCAUCUUGGUAUUUCCUGAAAGAUAGUAUGGUACAUAGUAUAACCCACAUACUUUCCCCCUAACUCUGUUAUCCAAAUAAUUAACCCCCCCAUUCCCCCCUAGUACAUAUAUCCCCCCCAUUAACACCUAGUACAUAUAUCCCCCCCAUUCCCCUCUAGUACAUAUAUCCCCCCCAUUCACCCCUAGUACAUAUAUCCCCCCCAUUCCCCUCUAGUACAUAUAUCCCCCCCAUUCACCCCUAGUACAUAUAUUCCCCCCAUUAACCCCUAGUACAUA